AUGCCCCUCUGGCUCGUCUUCUACCCCGAAGGCCAUUUCCAGGAUACGGCCGCGAGGAAGGCUCUCACUCAAGACAUCACCAAGAUCUAUACGGACAUAGGCCUUCCUCCUUUUUACGUUGUCGUCAACUUCAUCCAAAUGGGUCCGCAGGAUAUGUGGAUAGGCGGGGCGCAGAAAACGGACAAGCCGUUCGUUCGAUUCGUCAUCGAGCACAUUGCCGUCAACCUGCCAGACGACGACAUCGCGAUGGACAGAACAGCCAGGCGAAUUGACCAGGCUUUGAAGCCUCACGUUUCUGACAAGGGAUACGAUUGGGAGUUCCACGUGGAUGAAACGGACCGGCGUUUGUGGAAGGUCAAUGGAUUGGUUCCGCCGAAGUUUGGAAGUGAGCAGGAGAAAGUUUGGGUCAAGGAAAAUCGUGCUGUACCAUAUCCUGAAGGAUUGUAG